AUGGCCACCGUCAUCGUCUUCGGUCCAACAGGAAACAUUGGCUCCGUCGCCGCCCGUACAGCUGAGAAGCAUGGCGCGAAAGUGUUCCUCGCAAUGCGUGACACGCAAAAGGCCAUAGCAGGCUUGAGCUCCGAGCACGAGAAGUCGGGCAAGUUCGAAAGGAUCCAGGCCGAUAUGUCCAAGCCAGAAACCGUAGCGGAAGCAGUGAAGAAGUCGGGAGCCAGACGGGCCUUCAUGUACCUUACCCACGGCUCCAGCGAUCACCAGAAGUCAUCUCUCGAGGCUCUAAAGUCCGCAGGCAUCGACUUCGUGGUCUUCCUCAGCAGUUCCACCAUCUUCACGGAGCCGCGGGAGGUUCCCCAGAAGGACAUGAUCCCUUAUAUGCACGCUCAGGUUGAGAUCAAUCUAGAUGAAGUCUUUGGUGCCUCGAACUGGGCUGCUGUGCGGCCCGGUGGAUUCGCCACCAACAUCCUGCGUUACAAAGCCGACAUCGCCAAGGGGGAGAGCAGACAAUUUGGGCAAAGCUUCAAAAUCGACCUGGUCACUCCCAUUGACAUGGGAGAAGUCGCCGGCACAAUCCUUGCCAACGGCCCGGAGAACGGACAGCAUCUGGUCUACGUGUACGGUCCGCAGGUCUCGUCUCAAGGCGAAGCUACGAAGACAGCAGGCCGCGUUUUGGGCAAGGAUGUCAAGCUCACGGACAUGGAUGCGAGUGAGGCGGUGGAGACGAUGGCAGCGAUGUUUCACUCACGUCCACUGGCUGAGUACAUGGUCAAUGCGUAUAGUGAGGAUCCAGAUGCGAGCUUCAAGCGAAGGUGUCAGCACUAUGAUGAGGGCGUGAAGAAUGUGGAAUUGUACACUGGUAGGCCAGCGACGAAAUUCGAGGACUGGGUGGAGGCGAACAAGGAGCUCUUUGCUGUCUAG